UUUCGAGUGUCUGCGAUGGAGGAACGUCUUUAUAAAAUGAAGUCCCGUUUCGUUUUGUUUUUGUCGGCUUUGCUAUUGACUAAGCUAUCACUUAUCGAUGCAGCCCCAGCUAAAGAUUACUCACACGUGGUCAAGGUCAUUGUCGAUCAUUACAAUAAUCUAAAACAAGCAGCCGACCAAAGCGAUCAAAUGAUUGCAAAUAUAAAUAUUUUGUCAAAAAUGUUUGAAGACAUGCAGAAUGAGCUGAAAUAUGCUGAUGUGCAAGUCGAAUUGAAAAACAAAAUAAUAAGUGGCCGAGAUGAAGAAAUCGGUAAACUACAUCAGAACAUAGAUGAAAAAGAAAAGAAGACAGGCGAAGAGAUUUUGUUAAUUAGGGAAGAACUAAACGCUUCAAUAGCGCAAAGAAAUACACUGACUAAAGCCAAUCAGAACUUGCAGAGUGAUUUGGAAAUUGCUAAAGAUGAUAUUAAAGAGAAAGAGAGAGAGAUUAAUAUAAAAAACAAAGAAAUCUUAAACCAAAGUGAACUGCUCAAAAAUAAAGAAGUUAUCAUUGAAGCUCUUAACGCUCAGAUAGUUUCUAAAGAUUCCGAAAUUAAAAGACUAAACGAUUUGUUAAAUGGAAUCAAGAUAUAUUUAUUUGGUCCGAAGACUGAAAAGCUUGCCAACAGUAUUUGAGCUGAAUGCUAAAAUCUUGGAUUCCUAGUUCUGUAAACUAAGAAGUAAUAGACAGAAGAGACCAUACAUAAAAUGGAAUAAAGGAUUGUUUAAGUCGUUAAAUAUAAUUUAGAUUACUAAUCAAAAAUAUUCGAAUAUGACAAACAAUUGUAUUUGUUAAACACUUUGUUAUACCAGUAGACUUUGAAAUUGUUCUCGUAGUCAAAGGUUCCCGAAUCUAUACAAUUCUCAUUUCUAUUCUGGAACUCAACCAUACAAAGUCAAAACUAUUUUAUUUAUUAUUUUUAAAACUUGGUAAAGCGAAACUGUUAAAUUAGUACUACUUUCAUAGACCAACAAUGUCGUCUUGCGGACCGCGUCCCAAAAAACCCAUGAGUUCCUACUUGUUGUGGUUAAAUUUUUCCGGCCGUAUGCAGAUCAAAUCGGAGCAGCCAGAGUUAAGCGUCAAAGAAGUGGCUGUGAAGGGCGGUGAAUUGUGGCGCAGCAUGUCGGUGGAAGAAAAAGCCUUCUGGCAGAAGUCUGCUUCCGUGGCUAUGGAGAAAUAUAAGGAGGAGUUGGGGCAGUGGAAUUGCCAAGCGGGAGCGGGCCUUCAGAAUCAGCAAUUUGUAUUAAGCUGUAGUCAAUGUUCAGAUGGUGAUAAUGAUCCUUCGUCUUCUCAAUUGCUGGAUGUCUCGGGGUCGUCCCUUGUUAUGAACAACAACCAGAAUCAACGUAUCAAGAAACCCGUGAGUUCCUACUUGCUGUGGCUGAAUUCUUCCGGCCGUAGGGAGAUCAAAUUGAAGCAGCCAGAAUUAGGCUUCAAAGAAGUGGCUGUGAAGGGCGGUGAAUUGUGGCGCAGCAUGUCGGCGGAAGAUAAAGCCUUCUGGCAGGAGACGGCCACCGCAGCCAUGGAAAGGUAUAAGGACGACGUGGAGCUGCAAAAGUGCCAGAAGAAGUUAUCGGCGUAUAUCUAUAAGAAUCGUUAAGAUGUGGUUGGAGAUUAUCCAAAAAAGCCCAACCGUUUUUCAUAUAUCUUGAACUAUUUUAAAUUUCUGUUUUAUUCGCAUAUACACAUAUGUAAAGCUAAAGAAAAAUUAAAUGUUUUGUGUUCGGUUACUAUA